CCCAACACAGAUAUACUGCAAAUGUGUGACAAACUCUAUGUGUUGGCCAAAGGGGGUGAGUGUGUGUAUUGGGGCCCUCCCUCUGCCCUCAGCCCACACUUACACACAUGUGGUAUAGAAGUGAACGAAAAUCAAGUGCCGAUCGAAACAUUGAUUACAAUCGCAUCCAAAGGUCUGAGCGAUCAAAAUGUGCGUCAAUUGAGAGAUCAAACGACCCGUCAAUUCAAUCAUGAAUUUAGAGAUAUUAUUGUCGACAAAACGAAACCAAAACGGUUCGUAGAGUUCGGGUCUUUGACGGCACUCAUGGGUCCGUCCGGUGCGGGAAAGACAUCACUAUUACGAGCAUUGAAUGGCAUGAAUAAGACAUUGAUUACUAAACAAUCGGAGAUCUAUUUAAAUGGAGAAAUAAAAAUCAGGGCCUGUUUUAUAUCUCAGGACCAAAGGGAACACAUUAUGGCCGGAAUCACUACAAGACAGACCAUUAUCUAUGCCUCAAAACUCAAAAAUAGUGACACCAAUAGUAAUGUCAAUCACGAGUCUAUUGCCGACAAAUUGAUGUCUGAGUUUUCUGGUCAACAAAAACGGAUAGUAAUAGCGAUGGAAAUGACGGCUCAAAUCAAACCAAACCUUAUAUGUGUUGACGAACCGACUUCUGGUGUCGACAGCUAUUCAGCGCUUUUGAUGAUAAAAUGCUUCAAGCGGUUGUCCCGUAAACACAAUGUAUCGAUGAUUGCAUCCAUACAUCAGCCAAACCUCGAAAUUCUAAUGUUAUUCGAUAUGUUGUAUAUAUUGGCCAAAGAAGGGGUCGCCGUAUACUCGGGUCCGCCCCGGGGUUUGCGCUCACAUUUAAGUCAAUGCAAUAUUCAAUGCAAUGAAAGCCAAAUACCGAUUGAAGUUUUGAUAAAACUGUCGGCCAACGGAUCCAGUGAUGAGAAAGUGAUGGAAAUGUCUCGAAAGACAAAUCAGAUAAUAGAGAAAUACAUUGAAAGGAUUCGGACAGAACUGGAUAUCUCUUCGGACGGAAUUGUCAUUCAUUUCAAACACUUUUCUAUCACUGAAUUCCUAUACCUAUUGUCGAGAGCCGUCACAAACUUCCGACGACACGAGUGGCCCAUAAUAUUGAUUGUAAUCACUUUUGCUUUAAUAUUGGAAUUGUUGGCCAAAAUUUUAUUUAAUUAUCCAUUGGAUUCGGCGGACAGUUGUAUAGAUAUCAGUGCCAAUGGGACCGAUGGGUGUCCACAACAUACAAAUGGCUGGUAUUCCGUUGAAUCGUAUUUUAUGGUCAAAUUACUGGUCAAUAUUAUACCUAUUUUAGUGACCAAUAUUUGUCUGUCGUUUAUAAUCGAUAUCUACGACCGAUUGGACGCAAUGCCGGCCGCGAUCUUUAUGGUCAUUACAUUGGCUUCAGUGGCCAUACAAAGGAUCUGUCAUUUGGUCAGCAUAUGUUUUCCCCGACACACGGCCUCUGCAGCCAUAAUCAUAUGUGUUUUGAUUUCUAUAACUAACACAUACUUCAUACCAGUGUAUGAAUUCGGACCCGCAUUACAACACUUAACCAAUUUAUCGCCGAUUAAAGUCUCGUUUAACUAUUUAACGGUCUAUCUGUACGGUCGGGGCCGGUGUCCCACCGGUACUCAUAUAUCGUCCGUAUUAUACAAGUUUCAACUGACGGACGAAGACUUGGAUAAGUCGUGGCGUCUAUUGAUAUUUCAAUGCGUUUUCUAUACUAUUGUCUCGUAUUUUGUGCUCAAAGUUAGGGUUCACUCGCAGUCCAUACAAAUUAAAUGCAAACAAUUAGUAGUGGUGGGCUAUGGGGUCGGCAAUGGGGGCAAUGGGAGGCAUACCAAUGGCUUGUUGUAUGGGAAUUGCUUAAUGCCAAUCACAUGUUCGUCGGGUGUGACCAGAGCUGUCCCUCUGUCGCCGGAGCUGAUUGAGGCCGUACACUGUAUGGCUGGCUUUGAUUACGAUCGAGCCUAUGAGGUGUUUGGUGUGCAAAAGAUCGAUAUACGCCCGCCACCCGAUCAACGCCUCCACGCGCCGCGACUUGUGCCCCGCCGUGAGGUCACAGAAUUUGUCUUUGAGGGCGGCUUUGAUGCAUUUCGAUUAAUAAACACAAGUGAGAUGAGUUGUAAUGACUACGCGAUCGCUUGGAUUGAUUUGGGGGUAAAGUAUCGGUCAUUGUUUGCGGGAAACGAGAGAAUAGUGUUGAAUGGGUUGAGUGGGGGCUCAGAGUUGGGCGCAAUGACAGCAGUGAUGGGUCCGUCC